AUGACGGAACCUGCAACGAAAGUUUCUGAUUUAACAAUACUGAAUAGAAAACGAGGAGCCAUCAAAGGCCAAAUUACUAGGAUUGAAAAUUGUGUCAAUGCUGAAACUCCGCCCGAUUCGAAAGUGUUAGAAUUGAAAUUGUCUUCAUUGAACAACUUGAAGGAAAAGAUAAAUUCCUUACGAAAUGAAAGUUUUUGUAGUCUUCCAAAUGACAAAGACGUGGAAGAUUUUGAAGGAACCUUAACAGAGGUCGAGGAUUAUCUAGAAGAAACUGAAGUAAGUAUCUUCAAUUUGUUAAAGAUUCAAAAUACUUCAAGUAGUAAGGCUGAAAAAGCUAAUAGCGAAUCAAUCGCGAAUGCUAAAAUCAAGCUACCAAGUAUUUCCUUACCGCAUUUUUCGGGGAAAUAUACCGAAUGGUUAACAUUUAAAUCGCAAUUUAUUACUUUAAUUGAUAGUAAUAAACAACUGUCGGAUUCCCAAAAACUGUUUUAUUUGCAGUCGGCGUUGACAGGAACGGCGAAACAACUGCAAAAUAUUGAUGAUUCAUAUUCUUCUCUGUUUGAAGCAUUAAAAAAUAGAUAUGAAAAUAAAAGAUUGAUUGUUCAAAGUCAUAUAUCUGAAAUAUUAAAUGCAAACAAAUUAAAGUGUGAAAAUCCUAAGGAUUUGCGUUAUUUAACGGAUAAUUUGCUUAAUAAUUUAAGAGCUUUAAAACAGUUAGAUUUGAAUAUGAAUGCUCUAUCAGAAGCAAUUUUAAUGAAUGUUAUGCUGCAACGGCUUGAUGAAGAAUCAAGAAAGGUAUUUGAAAUGUCUUUGGAUUGCAAUGAUCUGCCAAAUUGGGAAAAAUUCGUUGAGUUUUUAUUGAAACGUAUUCAAGCGCUAGAGAAUGUUCAACGUAGUGUUCCCGUUGCAAAAUUUAAACAAGAAUACACAGGAUCUGAAAUUUGUGCCUGCACACAGGAAGUUGCAGACUUGUUAAAAUUAAAGAGUCGGUCGGUUAACUUUUUAAUUACGGGAUUGAAUGGAGCUGGUUUAAAAGUUACAAAAGAAAUAAAUGUGAUUAUUUCAAAUAAAAGUAAGAGCUUUCAGAAAACUAUUAAAAUGCUGGUAAUACCCAAAAUUACGGAUUUGACCCCAUCUAAACAUCUUGAUAUUUCCAACCUUAAACUUCCACAGCUUUUAAUGUAUGCUAAUCCUAACUUUUUCAAACCACAGCGUGCUCAAGUUUUGUUGGGUGACAAUGUAUUUUAUGAGUUAUUGCGAACGGGACAAAUUAAAGUGAAAGACAGUUCGGUAAUUUUGCAGAAUUCAGUAUUCGGCUGGAUUGCUACGGGAACACUUAACUAUAGGGAAAACAGAAAUUUUAAAUGUUACGUAGUAGAGGAUAAAACUGAAGCAGCUUUAAAGCAAUUUUGGACUCUUGAAUCUUUCGGCAUUAAAGACGAUUCAAAACGCUCAGAUGAAGACGCCGCUUUAGAAGUUUUUAAUAAAACGGUACGCUAUAACAACGAACGAUAUGAAGUUAGUUUUCCUUGGAAGAAAAAUUGGAAGGAAUUAAAUGACAAUUUUGAGGUAGCAGAAAGGCGGUUUCAAGGUUUAGUCAAGAAAAUGAAACGCGAUAAGACUUUGUAUAUUCAAUACAGUGAAAUUUUGAAAGAAUACUUAGCGAACGGAAUAAUUGAAGAAGUCAAGGAACCUGAAAAACGCAUUGAUAGACCUGUUUUUUAUCUUCCUCACCAUGCAGUAUUUAAGCAACAAAGUGUUUAUACUAAAUGUAGGAUAGUUUUUGAUGCUAGUUCAAACGACGUUGGACAACUGUCACUAAAUGACUGUCUUUGGUCUGGUAUAAAUUUGAACCCGCAUAUUUUUCAACUGUUGAUUUACUUUAGAAUUAACAAGAUUGCCAUGUUAUCGGAUAUAGAGCGUGCGUUUUUGCAAAUAUCUCUAAACGAGUUUGAUAGAGAUGUGGUUAGAUUCCUUUUUGUUAAACAUGAUCCUAAUAAGAAUGACAAUGUAGAAGUAGUAGUUUAUCGUUUUUUACGUCUGACAUUCGGAAUAAAUGUGAGCCCUUUUUUGCUGUCUGCAACCAUUAAAGAACACAUCAAAAAGUACGAAGAAGCCUAUCCCGUUACUACUGAAGUACUCAAUACCUGUUUUUACGUUGAUGACCUUGUUACUGGUGCAGACAAUAUAAAGGAUGCUUUAAAAAUUUCUAUCGAAGCAAAUAACAUAAUGAAAAAAGCUAGUAUGAAUCUCCGCAAAUGGAUUUCGAAUGAUGAAGUGUUGAUGAAAAUGUGGGAAGAACGAGAAUUUGAUAUUUUACCGAGUAAUUUCUCAAAUAACUGUAACGAACCAUGUAAGGUUCUCGGACUGCCGUGGUACAUUAAGGAAGAUACUUUCGCUAUAGAAGUAAAGGAUUUGCUUGAAUUUAUCAAGACCGGAAAGAAUACAAAACGAUUUGUGCUGCAAGUAGCAGGUAGAAUAUUCGAUCCUUUAGGAUUUGUGACACCAUACACCAUCAGAAUUAAGUGCCUGUUUCAAGAAUUAUGGAUUCGAAAAAUUUCCUGGGACGCUGAGCUGCCAGAUGACAUUUUAAAAAUCUGGAAUCGCUGGUGCUUUGAACUUCCUACAUUGUUAAAACUCCAAAUUCCCAGAAACGUCCUUGAUUGUGCAGAACUUUCAAGUUGUGACAUAGAAUUGCAUACCUUUUCGGACGCCAGUCCUAAAGCUUACGGUGCCGUCGUGUUUGUACUGAUAAGAUCUGAUGACAAAGUUAUUGUGAACUUUCUUACAUCUAAAAGCCGUGUGGCUCCGUUAAAAAGGAUUACUCUUCCAAGAAUGGAGUUGCUAAGAGCUUUACUUGCUAGAUUAGCAAAUGAAGUUGCAAAUGUGUUGAAGCGGAAAAUAUCCCCUCCUAUGUACUUUUGGACAGAUUCUCAAAUAGCACUAUACUGGAUUAGAGGUUCAGCUUUGAAGUGGAAAACCUUCGUCUGCAACCGUGUGAAGGAAAUUCAGGAACUUACAGACCCCGAUAAAUGGUUCUUUUGCGUAAGUCGUGACAACCCAUCUGAUGCUUUGACGAGAAGUAUCAGUAUCGAUCAGCUGUUAGAAAACACAGCUUGGUGGUAUGGCCCUACAUUUCUGAAAUCCGUGAACAUUUAUUCUACUGAUCAUCUUUCAGUGGUUCCCGAAGAGGGAGCAAUCGAUAAAGAACUAAAACCGAACUUAAAAACUGAACCAAAUGAACGUUUAAUGAACUUGAUUGCGAGAAAUGAAAAUUCUGUUUUUGAUUGCAUACUUAAUAAGUCAAAUAAUUAUAUGAAACUUAUUCGUAUUGUAAGUUUUCUUUAUAGGUUUAUUUAUAAUUGUAAAAAUCCAAAGUCCAAGAAAAUAGGUCCUUUGUCUAUUGAUGAAUCUGCUAAUGCAGAAAAUUGGUUAAUACGUUCUCUCCAGGAAGGUGAGUUUUCUGAUGAGUUUAAAAGGUUAACAAAUGGUAAACAAGUUCACAGCAGAAGUAAACUUUCCUCUAUAAAUGUGAUUUUGGAUAAAAAUAAAGUAAUGAGAGUAGGGGAGAGACUGUCCCAUGCAGAUUUAUCUUAUGCAACCAAACAUCCUAUGGUUUUACCUGCAAAACAUCCUUUAACAAGUAUAAUUUUAAGAAAUGUUCAUCUUAAAUAUCUUCACGUAGGUCCCCAAGCUCUUUUACAUCAAGUUAGACAAAAAUUUUGGCCGCUAAAUGGCAGAAAUAGCUGUAGGAAAAUUGUUCGUAACUGUGUGAUCUGUUUCAAAAACAGACCUGUUACUGUUAGUCAAAUCAUGGCUGAAUUGCCUAAAGACCGGGUAAAUCCUAGUUAUCCCUUUUUUGUCACUGGGAUAGAUUUUUGUGGUCCUUUAUCAAAUUUAAAAAUCAAAGGAAGGGUGUAUUAA